AUGCUAAAGCCUACCUUUUCGUUCCUUGGGUCUGACGAUGACGCGCUCAACGUGUCCGUCGCGGUCGGUUGGAUUGCCCUGAUCUGGUAUGCAUUCAUACUUGGAGUUUGCGGCCUGGGGUAUUUUCAGAUAUGGAAAUAUUUCCUCAGCCAGCCGCAACGGUCACGACUAACGAACGCCUCCGACGCACCGCACGUCACCGCCAUCCGGCCUGUCAAGGGCCUCGAGCCGCACCUCUAUGACUGCCUCGCUGCCACCUUUCGGCAGAACUACCCAGGGAAUAAGCUCAGCAUUCGUCUCUGUGUAUCAACACGCGACGACCCGGCCUACCCUACCCUCCGCAAACUAAUCACCGACUUCCCGCAUGUCGACGCGCAGAUUUUCGUCGAAGACGAAGAUCCACUUUUGCAGCAGGAUGGCAACAAUUUAUACACGCUUGGACCGAAUCCCAAGAUCCGGAAUAUGAGCCGCGCAUACCGCGAAGCGAAAGGCGAUAUCGUCUGGAUCAUUGACUGCAAUGUCUGGGUCGGGAAGGGAGUUUGUGCCCGGAUGGUGGACAGACUGUGUGGGACUGGACCCUCAUCAAGCAAGAAACACAAGUUCGUGCACCAUCUACCCGUGGCUGUGGAUGUGACAGGAGAGAGCAACCUGCGUGAAGAGCGGCAGGCGCUCGUAGAUGCCAACCCGCAAGCCACGGCCGCUGAUACAGCGGCCGCAGCGAUGCCAUGCGUGCGUCCGGAGGAUGGGCCUGCAGCCAUGAUCGCGACUGGAGGCGGCCGCUUGGAAGAGCUGUUCCUGUCCUCCGCGCAUGCGAAAAUGUACACCGCGAUCAACACUGUUCUCGUUGCGCCAUGCAUUGUGGGAAAAUCCAACAUGUUCCGCCGCUCCCAUCUCGACUAUCUCACCAGUUCUUCGCGCUCGGGUCCCGAGGCUCGCCAUCCCGGCAUCGAUUUCUUCUCCGACAACAUCUGCGAGGACCAUCUGAUCGGUGAUCUGCUGUGGAAGAAGCAGGUGCGGGAAGAGAAAGAGCUUGGCGAGCGUUGGGGCAAGCAUGCCAUGGUCUUUGGUGACAUGGCUAUUCAGCCUGUUGCCAAUAUGAGCGUGCCGGCAUACAUCGCUCGUCGUGUCCGAUGGCUACGAGUGCGUAAAUUUACCGUUCUGCUCGCUACGCUUGUCGAACCCGGCACCGAGUCAUUCCUAUGCACAGUCUAUGGCGCCUGGGGCAUCACCACUGCCUUGGCUCCGUAUCUUGAACGAAAAGGCAUGCAAUUUGCCGCUCAUCUUGGGACGUGGACCGCGUUUUUUGUUUUGUUCGCACUUGGCAUAAUCUCCUGGAUCCUGGUCGAUUGGACAUUGUAUAUCAAGCUGCAUUCCGCAAAAUGCAUCGAGUUGGAUGAGGAUACCCCAGCUUUUGCUAGGCCUCAACGCUACCGAUCAUCCCAAAUUACUCGUCGCCCUUUCAUGCAAUGGUUUGCCGCAUGGCUCGGCCGCGAAUUACUGGCCCUGCCUAUCUGGAUCAUGGCGGUAUAUGGCGGUGUGACAGUCGUCUGGCGAGACCGCCGUUUUAAGGUCGGCUUCGAUGCGAAAGUUCGGGAGAUUGAUACCCCUACUCUGCCUGUGGGGGUUUCGUCUUCUACCGGAGCGGUAGCGGGCAAGGUCCACAGUGAUUGA